AUACGUGCGUGCGUGCCGUAAACUCGCCGGGCACCGCGGCCUCGCCCUCCGCCCCUGCGCCCCGCCGCCCAGGCCGCCGCCCCCCGCCCGCGCCGCCGCCCCCGACGGGGAGGAUCAUGGCGAAGGUGGAGCAGGUCCUGAGCCUCGAGCCACAGCACGAGCUCAAGUUCCGAGGUCCCUUCACUGAUGUCGUCACCACCAACCUGAAACUUGGCAACCCAACAGACAGAAAUGUGUGUUUUAAAGUGAAGACCACAGCGCCGCGCAGGUACUGCGUGCGGCCUAACAGUGGGGUCAUUGAUGCCGGGGCCUCUCUCAAUGUGUCUGUGAUGUUACAGCCUUUCGACUAUGAUCCCAAUGAGAAAAGUAAACACAAGUUUAUGGUUCAGUCUAUGUUCGCGCCACCCGACACUUCUGAUAUGGAGGCGGUAUGGAAGGAGGCAAAACCGGAAGACCUUAUGGAUUCAAAACUUAGAUGUGUGUUUGAAUUGCCAGCAGAAAACGCUAAACCACAUGAUGUAGAAAUAAAUAAAAUUAUACCUACAAGUGCAUCCAAGACAGAAGCACCGGCGGCUGCUAAGUCCCUGCCGUCGUCCCUUGAUGACACCGAAGUGAAGAAGGUGAUGGAGGAGUGCAGGCGGUUGCAGGGGGAGGUGCAGAGGCUGCGGGAGGAGGGCCGACAACUCAAGGAAGAAGACGGGCUUCGGGUGAGGAAGGCGCUGCAGAGCAACAGCCCCAUGGCAGCUCUGGCUGCCCCCGGCAAGGAGGAUGGCCUCAGCGCUCGGCUGCUGGCUCUGGUGGUCUUGUUCUUCAUUGUUGGCGUCAUUAUAGGGAAGAUUGCCUUGUAGAGGCCGCAUGCGAAGGAGGGCAGAUUGGAUUGAUGGAUCUACUGCAUCAUGGGAUCUAAAUUUAUCAUAACCAUGCGUAAAAAGAAAUUAAUGUAUGAUGACAUCUCACAGGUCUUGCCUUUAAAUACCCCUCCCCAUGCACACACAAAUGCGCACACAAAUAUAGCAUAAUAUAAUGAUCUUUUAGGAAGUUAAAAAUGUAUAGUAAAUGGACGGGGGAAGAACGGUCUGUUACUGAGGGACGCCGUGAUUUCCACAGUGGCUUAUUGUAGCUGUCACAUUAAACUCGGGUAGGCCUUGGCACAUGUUCCUAGUCACCUCUCUUAAAGCAGAAGCUCUUUCUCACAUGUUGGAGCUGGCCUGUAGGAGCAGGAGUCCUGUGAGGUGGGGUGUGCUGUCCCCUCCACAGCCACCUCGUGCUGCCUAGUCUCACCCAGGUGGCUUCCCCAGGCCUGCUGUUCUGUCCAAGUCAUCGGCUCCUCAGGCAUGCAGAGCUACAGAAGCCAAAACACCUUGCAUGGUGGCCACAUCUUGUGUACUUGUAGGUCAUGAGUGAGAGACACGAGUCUCUGUGUUCUGCUCUCUUAAAGGGACCAAACUCAGUCUGUUGGUUCGUGUAGUGACACUGAGCUGUUACCAGAGAUGUGUGCUGCACAUCUGGCUUACUCAGUGUGUUCCAUCUCGUGUGUUCCACUCUGCUGUCGCCGAGUGCAGGCAGUGCUGCGGCCUGCACCUCACCUGUGCUGGGAAUACCAUGGAGUACCAAACCAGUGAGGGCGUUGCCGCUGGUGGCACCGUGGCUCCUGGUCUCUGGAGGUCCAAGGGAUGGGGAGAGUCUGAGUCAGGAGACAGCUGCCAGGAAGUGUUUUGUUGUGGAUCAGUAGCAACUGUCCCGAAGAGGAACACUCUUUGUAGUGACAGUCAGCUCUGGGUUACCCAGUCUCUAGAUUGUUCUCUCCUCACUCUCCGCUACGGCUCAUCCUUCUAGAACAUAGGCCAGGUCUGACCUGCCCGUCUCAGGAUGAAUGAGUCAGGCUGCCCGAGGGUGCAGGGCGUGGAGCUGGGGAGGAGAGCGCCUCAGCAAAUCCAUCUGCUGGUAAUGAAGAGUCUGGACUGUGAAUUAAUUUCAUGCCCUAAAAGACCAAUCCAGUUCUGCUCAACUCUAUGUAGCAUCUUAAAAGAAGAAAUUAAAAUAAAGUCCCAAAUUAAGAGUUCUUUUGUCAUUUUGUCACAUUUGCUGUGUGUGGGAUUAUUAUUAUUAAUCAUCGUUAGCGUGCCAUGGAAGGUUGAUUUUAAAAUGAGCUCUAUCAGUGGGAAGCACAUGUUUAAUGAUUUGACUAUACACACAUCUGUGUACACACACGCACACACACAUACACACACACUACUAUUUUAUUAUUAUAUUUUUAGUUGGCUUCAGCUAACAGUACAGAAAAUAAAACUCCUGCUGUCUCAGGCCCGCUGUCCUUUCUCUUCUGUGACCUUGGCCCUUCAGUGACAGGCUUGGGUCUGACAGAACAAGGCCGUCUAAAGGAAGACUGGCCUGGACUGUACAUGACUGGCCAGCUGGCACUUUGAGAUGGUGAAAUGGGGGUCUGGGUGGCCGGAGUAUGUAGCUUCCUCUCUCUGAGUGACCCCAGGUGUUCUCAAGAAAUGCUCAGGAGCUGUGAUCAUCCCACUCACCAGUGCAUUUCUGUGUACCUGAGAAAGGGGGGGUUGAACCGAGAGGUCGGCCCUUCCUGGCUUUGAGAGCAGAGUAACUCAGGGCCUCCACCAGUACCUGAUGGGGUCAUCUAGCUCUGUGACACCAGAGCCAAGGUUUGCAAGUGUUCUUACAGGACGGCCAUGUGUGCUAGAAAAAAACCUUCAGAGGCACAGCCAGAUGUCGAGAUUAAAGCUGGUCUGGAAGCUGCCACGGUGGGGCCUUGGAAGGUGAUUGUUUGCGUGCUGUGAGAGUGUGUUUAGCUGGCCGGAGAUUGUGGGCACUCUUGCUGCAGGGGCGGCAACAAGUCUCAAGAUGCACGGAUGUCCGUCCUUUCUGCAGCCCUUGGAAGCCUUUCCUUGGAGAGACGAGGACUGUCUGGGCAUGGUAGUUCGUGGGGCCUGACUGAGGAGAGGAUGGAAACUAGGCAGCACAGUAAUUCUCCAGAUCAACCCAUCAGUAAAGAACGUGCUGGAAGAGAGAGGUGUCUGAUGAGAGAGUGCUUUUACAUUUGGAGCCCUGAAGAGAGGCGUGCACAUUUGGGAUGCCUUUUUUGAAAUUUUCAGAGAAAAAAAAGCAAAAAAAAAUUGAGUAAGGCAAAAAGGAGGUGAACGUGGCUCUCUCCAGAGAGCAGAGUCAGAUGUUUUGGACGGUGUAAAGCUGAGACCCUGUGGGAUGGCAGUCGUGAAGCAGCCUGGGCAGGCCUGGUGGGUGUCCUGGCUUUGGGAACACGAGUCACAGUGCUCACAGAGGGACUCAGUAGCAGAGUCCCAUCAAUUACUAUUGAUUGGAUUUCUAAGUUGAUAAUUUCAGCUUGGAAUGAUACAGAGCACCUCUUAAAGACAGCAGGCACUAUUAUCUGUCGGGGUGAGGCUCUGGCUUUCAUUUUUUUCUCCUCCUGCUUUGCAUGUUUUCCCUCUCUGGUCUUUUAAACUGCUGGCACCAGCAGUAAUAAAUACUGAUAAAAUCAAAAUUGAUUUUUACCAGUGGACAGUUUAUGCCUAGAGAGACGGCUUAUACCUACAUAACACAGCAAGGGGAAUGAAGAACCUCCAGUGAGCCGUGAAAACCGAACCGCUUUCAAACAAAUCCUAGGAACAGCAUUGCCGUGUGAAGAUAGCAGUGCCCAGCCUGCAGGCUGUGUUGAGUCAGACAGAACCGAAUGGAGUGAGAGCUCCGAGCUAAAUGGCCCUUCAGAUUAAUUUGAAAACAAACCCUGUUUUCAAAUUACAUGUGCACGUGUAUGUUUGUGUGUGGCAUAUGUGCUGUGUGUAGUAGCUUGACAGUUCCCAAAUGGUGCCUCUUAUUUUUUGUACACAAAUCUUGGUGUUUUCAAACUCAGAGUCCAUGCCAAAAUGCAGUGUCAUUUGGCAUUUCCAGUUCCUCAGAAUAACUGGCCCAAGUGCAGAUUACUGGUUACGGUUUGCAAAAUUCUUGUAAGGGAGAGACCUGAACACAGAGAGAGCUGGUUCUGUGACUUAGGUCAUCCUGUAUACCGGAGUGACAUUCUGCUUUCCAGACCUUCUUCAGUAUAAGAGGCCAGUGUUCCUUUGCUUGCAGUGAUAGCCAUGUCUCCUUUGGAGCCUGUCCACUGUGACGGGAGGGAUGAGUAAAACUUUGCGUAACAGGAAGGCAACAGCCUCAUCCUAAUUACACUUGGCCGUGUUUGAUGUUACUGAGAGGGAAUGCUUUUCAGAGCCAACCAGAAAUGCAAUUGUGUAGAUGGAUGGGUGCCGUUUGCAGCACAGCGAGGCCCUGCCAUCACUCUCUGAGAACGCAAAGGGCAGCGCUGAGAUCAUGGCCCACCGGCUCCCUCAGGGUUCCUUGGCCUGAUUGGAUGUGGAGAAGGCCUUUCCCCUCCCCAGAUGGAGCCUCCUGUGAUAGGAACCUUUGUCAACGCCAUGCUGGCUGCAGAGCACCUCCAUAGAACCUCAUGCCAGGCUCCGUCCUACACACAGGGAUGCGAAAGCUCAGUGCAUUAAGCUGGGCAACCUUUUGGUUUAGAGCUAAAUGAGUCCCAGCCUGUGUGUGCAGCCUGCAUGUACUUGCUAAGACACUGCUUGCUGGAGAUGUGGGGAUCAGGAAGGGUUCAAGGAGGAGAGAGGUAUUUGCUGCCCUGUACCUCGGCUCACCAGCACUGUCUUGUCUGUCACUUUUACCCAGCCAGUGUUUCCAGGCUGAGCUGGGAGAGCCAGGGCUCUGGCAUGGCCCGAGCACACCCCACAUUUUGGAUACAUGUGGCUGUUUCCGCUUCUCUCACUGCCCGUGUGCCUGGGGAAUAACUGGGAGCUUUAGAAAGAAAAUUACCACUGUGUCUCGGUGAGGUAAGGUUGCUUUAUCUGGAGGCUCCUUAUAACUUGUAAAUUAAAUGUGAAUGAGAGAAGUUCAUUAAAAUUGGCAUUAUAGAAGUGGCCUAUUGAGGUUUGAAAGCAGCUGAGAUCGUGUCUGGGCUCUCUCUGAACCUGUGGAGAAAUACAUGAGCCAGUGACAGGCAACAGUUACAGGAGCGUCGGGUGCAUCGCUGCCCUCUGCCCGGCUCCCAGCCACCUGAUGGCCACUGCAUGCUCAGAACUUGAGGAUCAGCCACCGGGAGUAUUGACUAUUUGGGGUGCCUGAGGGAACCGAACCCCUAAGGAAGGGGGUGAGAGCCAUUUCCACAGCAGCAUGCUGGUAGUUGUCAGCCCAGUUCAUUUAUCCCCUUACAGAGGUACACGUGAACAACCUUAGAGGUACAGCACACACCAGCAUCUGAGUAUUAUGUUAGGAGAUCUGGGGAAGGUGGAGGAAAGGUGGUUUCGAUGAAUGUAAUAAUUCCCUUAGAUUUUUUUUCUUUCCUUAAUGGGAUUAAUUUAUUAGAAUAUAUGUGCAUUCGCUCUUCAGAAGAGGAAGGAAGGAAAACUAGCAACAGAAACAUAGCCAUUAUCCAACUUGCCGUAGAUAUUUGCAGUUAUGACACCUUGGAAUGUUGCCACGGUGUGGGUUACACUGAUGAAAAGAUGUCAGUGGGAAGAAGCACAGCUGUGGGGCACCAGGGGCUGCCGCCGCACAAAUGCUGAUGUUUAUUCUGAACCGGGAAGCAUUGAUCCUGUAACAAUGCCCUAUUACAGUUGCUGUAUUGCAGCGAGGGGCUGAUGCGGGUUUAAUCAUCUCGCUAAUGGAUGUGGGUGUAGGAUGGAUGCUCUGCCUUGCAUUCCCGCUUGCAUUCCACCUGCAUCCUGAUGAGCCCCAGGAGCUGGCAGGGCCAUUGCACAGUGGAGCUGCAGCCACAGUUCUGUUUCCCUGAUGCUCAAAAGCCACGUCUGGCCAAAAUAAAACAGAUUACGCGUUACUUUCCACCUCCCUCCAGAAAGCACCGUCUAUGGGAGACAAAUCAGAUCUUUUAACACAAUCCCAUUAAGGCUCCGUGCUAACAAGAAUGCAGAGCUUCCAUGACGUACAAAGAUGAUGAAUUAGCACGCACGCUCCACACAUCGACUCGCCAUUUCCCCCUUUAACACAACAAGGCUCCAUCUUUUUUAUGGACGGGUUGCCUGCAUUCCCAUUUCUUUGCUUUUUAGAAGUAAACUAAAUUCGGCUGCUAGCCCUUUAGUGCGGCAUUUAUUUAAGAGAAAAAAAAAAGCCUUCCCAUCGAGUCUGAGAUGGCGUCAAAGGUCAGAAUUUAUUGUCUGUGAUGCUGAAACCAUGUGCACAAAACUGUCUUCUGUUCACGACCCAUCUGGCAGAUGUUUCUAAAGCGCUCUCUCUAUUUUCCACACUGGAUGAAGUGCUGAGGAAGGAAUCUGUAGGAGUCAUUUGGCAUGUGUAUCACUGGUAAGCGGCCUACGUGUGGUGAUCUGCGCUCUUAUGUAGAAAAAUGCAAGAUGCAACGGGCUUAUUUUUGUGGCUAACGUACCUUUUGUUGUUCUGUUUUGUUUGUUUUGUUUUAAUAAAAUAUAUGAACUGCUGGCAUUUGGAACUUCCUAUAACAAACACAAGCUAAUGUUCCUGUCACCGCCCCCUCCCCAUCUGAGAACAGUCUCAGCAAUGCAUGCCAUUCCCAUCCGGCCUAACAUCCUUUCUCAUCUCAAAGAUCUCUGCAGCCGUGACUGUGUUCACUCCGACCUCGGUGUACGUCAACAUUUUAGGGACUGCGUAUGUCAAGAGACAUUUUAGAAUGCCGUUGUUUUCAUAAUCUCUCCUCUAUGCAUUUAAGGUGUAUUUCCUGUUCUGAUGCGGAACUCAUUUACAGAAUCGAAGCAGAAAAGGACUUCUUCUCCAUGCACUUUGGUUAUCUGAUGUGUGAUAAAUCCAUGGUUUUAUGGCUGACUUUACGUUUCCCAGAGGGAAGGAGGCGUAUUUCUGCAGUGUCCAUACUGAAAGAGCCCUGCACAGCGAGUUCUCACCUGUUCUGUGUCGGUCUGAUGAGACCCGUCCUGCCGGGGUAGAAACUUUCAUAUGAGCUGUCUCCAUACAAUGUUCAAUAAAUUCUCUGCUCUGAAUAUAUUUAAA